AUGGCACAUAAUGCUGUUGGAACAUCUAGUAUAUCAGAGGGCAUGAGAUUUCCCAACUUCGUCAAAAUUGCUUUCAUGCCAGUCGUUCCAUACUUAAUGUUAAGCAAUGAUGGAACUGCUGCCGGAAUUGAAGGACGAUUUUUAAAGGUUCUUUCAGAAUUCUUGAAAUUUCGGUAUGAAAUGAUAAUGCCACCCGAUGGAGAAUGGGGAGAAUUGAAAGAAAAUGGUAACUGGACUGGUAUCGUGGGCAUGAUUCAAAGGCAAGAGGCGGAUAUGUCGUUAUUGUUUAUUACUUACCCGAGACUGCAAGCACUCGAUUUCACAGCACCGUAUUCUACUAUGAGGAUGGUUUUUGCAACAGAUAUACCAGGACCGCUACCACGUGCAACGUUUUAUAUGAAGGUAUUUCAAACCACUGUCUGGAUUUGCUGCUUCAGUGCCAUCAUUUUAUUGCCUUUGAUAUACCACUUUCUUCUGAAACAAAAGUACUCUUUUAUGCGGAUUUUUUUAGAAAUGAUUGGCACUAUAGCUAUGCAAGGUCUUAACGUCAGAGACAGAGCUAUAAGCGAUAGAUUCCUUAUUAUAUUCUGGUUAUUAUCGGCUUACAUUUUAUCUUGCAGUUACACCGGUAGCCUCUCAUCCUUCUUAACAAUGCCUUUAAAACAACCACCACUACGUAAUUUUAUUGAACUAUCUGGAGCAGUGGAGAAGGGAACUCACAAAUUUUAUGCGCGGAAUCCGUCCCCCAAUAUAGUUCUAUUGAAGAAAUCGGAAUACAGCUAUUUGAGGGUUCUUGGACAAGCUAUAGAAAAACAUCAGUGGAAUGUUUAUGAUCACACACAGCUUUCGGAAAUUAUGGUUAAAAACACCGCAGUGAUGCUGCCUGAGCCUGAGUUACUUUGGAAAUUAGGAGGAGAGAUUGGUGAAACAAAGUACUUAUCGGAUGAUGUGCUUGCCUUGUGGUACAAAGGAAUUGGACUGAGGAAAGGUUUCUGUUGCACAGCAAAAUUAAAUGCUAUUAUAUCGAAACUUCAUGCCUCAGGUUUGUAUGAAAAGUUUAUCAGAGAUGAAACUUUUAAACCUACCGUUGCUCAGAAUGAUAAUGCAACAGAAACAGAUUCUGAAGGGAAGCUGUCAAUGGAUGAUAUAAUGACACUUUUCACUCUUCUUAUUUGUGGUUAUGUCUUAUCUUUCAUUGUUUUAUUAUGCGAGAUUUUUUAUUUUCGCUUAAAGCAAAGUGAAAGGUGUGAAAAAGGAAAAGAAAAAAAAAUUCGAAAGACCUAAAUC